UCUGGGUACACCGUUGUACUGUGUACACGGACAUUUACAUUAAGACUAAUUAAUCAUUUCCUUUCUUCAAUUUCCUGAUGUACACGACAUUAAUGGACAGUUGGGGACAGACCCGGGGUGUUCCAUCGCUGCUGACAAUGUUUAUCAUAUGUGAAUUAGCGAUCGUAAUGAUGCUGAGCCUUGCUGAUCAUGUUCCUGUUCUCCUUAUGUCGCUAUUUCAUUGUCUCGUCGCUAAUUCAUGCUCAAGUACACAAAACCUCUUGUUACUUUCUCGGAAGGCAUUUACUUCUGUUGUGUCAUCGACCCAAUCCGCCGAAGAUAGCAUUUCUGUGAGGUAUUAAUUUUCUCCAGCCCAUACGGUUGGAAGGAACAUUUACAGGGGUCAGUGGCUCUCGGCGAUCGAAGGUGAUCAGAAUGUGAACUUCAACGGACCGAUGGUGAAGGACACGCGUCGAACCGUGAGAGUGUUGUAAUAGACGUCCCAUCCAACUGAGCCUGUAUAUGAUAUGACUAUAGAGGAUUCGCGUGAUACAGAUACUAUCAAGGUAGAAAUGAAAAUGGCUCGAGGAUCUCU